AACCACUCUAAGCAAAAUGAUAAUAUUCUAUCUGUUUGUCUGUGUGUCCUUUCUACAGACAUGCUUGACGGAUAAUGGUAAUAAUUACAUAAUGUAUAGUAACCACAAAAUGUAUCAUAUUCAAGGAAACGAAGAUGGAAUGGAUAAAGCUAUGGAUUUUCUUACGGAGAAUUAUGAUAUACCAUACCACUCAAGAACCGAGAAAGGCUGUCAUAUGCUGGUCGCUCCAGAGCUGGCGCCGAUCGUAGAAGGCAUCUCGCAAACUUAUGGACUUGCCACAAAAGUCAUAUACGAUGAUUUUUCCGAAUUAAUUCGUGUCGAGAAAAAUAACAAACGAGCCAAUGAAGAAUUUUCAUGGACUGCUUACUAUGAUGUGGAUGACAUUUACAACUAUCUACAAAACAUGAGUGACCAGCAUCCACAAUGGGCGCAGUUGGUGGUCGGUGGCCAGAGCUACGAAGGUCGCCAGAUUCUGGGUCUUAGAAUCAAUACACCCACUGAUGUGAACAAACCUGUUAUGUUCAUUGAGUCAGGUAUUCAUGCAAGAGAAUGGAUAACUCCUGCCACGACGACGUACUUCAUCAAUGAACUACUGACCAGUUCUGACCCUGAAAUUAUGGAAAUGAGGGACCUAUUUGACUGGCAUAUCUUUCCGACAGUCAAUCCUGAUGGAUACCACUACAGUUAUACCAGGGAUCGAAUGUGGAGAAAAACUAGGUCUCCCUCACCUAACGGAUGUGUCGGCACUGACGCUAAUAGGAACUGGGACUAUAAUUGGAUGGAUUACGGUUCAUCAAGCAAUCCAUGCAACUACCAGACGUAUGCAGGCUCUCAACCAUUCUCAGAGAUAGAGACUCGGUCUCUCUCGGAGUACAUAUCAGGACUUGAGAACAUGCUAGGAAUUACAAUAUUCCACAUUGAUAAACAAAUCGGAGAUGCAUCUCUCAGACGAGGCUACGCAGUUAAUAAAGCGAAGUAUGAUGGCCCUGGGACUGCUUCGGAAAUUUUGUACAAGGCAUCAGGAGGUAGUAUAGAUUGGGUCAGGUAUACCCAGGGUACUCGCCUUGUGUAUGUUUACGAGCUUCGAGGAAGAUUCUUCCAGUGGCCUGCCAGCAGGAUCCACCAGCAAGGAGACGAGGUCACACAGAUGAUGGCCGGCCUAGUCUCGGAAGCCCGCAACUUGGGAUACUUCUAG